AUGAACAUUGAGAACAACACUCAAGCAAUAAAUGCAACAGCUGAUAGUGCUUGCGACAGUGGAAUACAGUGGAUUUUCCUUCUUUUCGGUGAGUGCGUUUCUUCGCCCACUGAGACCGUCGGCUUUUUCCUCGGAAUCUUCUCAAUUCUGUGCUGGUUCCUCGUCUACUUGCCUCAACUCUAUGAGAACUACAAAAGAGGACGCUGCGAUGAUGCCCUGUCAAUUUGGUUUUUAAUAUUUUGGCUCUUUGGAGACACUGCCAACUUAACAGGAUGUCUACUAACGCAUCAGUUCCCGAUUCAAACUCUGACAGCGAUCUACUACGUUAUGAUGGACGUAGGAAUCAUCGCUCAGUUUUUCUACUACACGCUCAAGAACCAAACCAACCAUCCUUUGGAUUGGCAAUCUCUUUCGACAGCAGCCUUGGUUGUCGGUAUUCCUUUGACAACACAACAGACAUUUGGGACAGAAAAAUUGACAUUUAAGUCCACCGCCGAAGAGAUUGGUUACCUCGUUGGACUGAUGUCUACGUUGUUUUACCUGGGUUCUCGGCUGCCUCAAAUUAUCAAAAACUUCAAGCGGGGCAAAACUGAAGGCGUUCAUCCUUUCACUUUCCUGCUCGCUGUGGUUGCAAACUUUGCUUACGCUGCUUCUGUUUUACUCAGCAAGGCAGAGGAUGGCCACUCUUAUAAGUACUUCGUCAUGCAGCAUUUACCUUGGCUGCUUGGCUCACUUGGGACUGUCGCUCUUGACUUGACGAUCCUGCUCCAAUGUUUGUUUCUUGGAAAAUCAGGAGACUCGAUGAUGAGCAAAAUGUCUUACGAUGAACUAGAUGAUCUCUUGGAUAUCUACAGCGAGUACGAACCUCUUCUCAGACGACCCCAAUAA